AUGGACAAUAAAUCUGAAGAUUCUUGGUUCGCCACAAGUUACUGCAAAAACUUUUUCCGCAUUUUUGGAACCAAAGUCGCCCUCUCCAUCCUAAAACACGAAGCAGAUCCACCGUUAGUUGCCAACUGUUCCACUACUGUUCUCACGUGCCAGGUAGACAUUCCUGCCCCGGCAGUGGACGUCUGGUGGACAUUUCGAGGAGAAAAUGCGUCUAAAUUACCCAAUGUUAAGAUAAUCACGGAUCACGCGAACGACGGCGUGUGGCAACUUCAGUUACUCUGUCCCACACCGGAGCAUGCCGGGAGUUUUGCAUGUAAUGCCCAGUCAAGGAACGAGAGCGAGUUAGUCUAUCGUAAAGAAGAGACAGUGGAGGUGUACGUUCCCAUUUUGAUUGAGAUUCUAAAAAACAACACUGCUCAGCCAGCUAACACCAAAGUCCAAUUACAAUGUUUAGUGACGGCCUUCCCCCGGGCCAACAUUCAAUGGGAGAAGGAUGGUCAACCACUGAAAGUAGAAAAGGGUCGAGUGGACAUCCAGACCACACAGGUCAGCGAUGUAGUUGUCCUGGAAUCAGUAAUGAUUGAUGCAUUGAAGAGGAAAGAUAACGGAACUUAUGCAUGCUUGGCCUCUAAUAGCCACAAUAUGUCAAGAUCAACGCAAGAGAUCAUAGUUCUGGAGCCACCUGAAGUGAGCCUAGAUAGUUUGGAGGCAAAGGACCCUCGGACAGCAUUCCUGAGCUGGCACGUUCGUUACCGUGGAAACCUUCCAGUCAAACGCUUUCACCUGCAAGUGCGGAACUUCAGCACCGGAGCAGAUUGGCUUGACGUGGACACCAAUAUUGGAGCUAACCUAAGCGUCUACACAGUUCGUUAUUUGUCGCCAGCCAUGACUUAUAGCUUUCAGCUAGCAGCGGUCAACGACGCGGGGUACAGCGACUGGGAAAACCUCAACAUCACCAUGCCGGCUGAUGUGCCAUUUUUUAUUUUAUUUUUUACCUCUGCUCUUAUCAUCAAGACCAUUGUUAACGAUAUUUUUUCGUGGAUUCUAGACACGCAAACCAUUAAGGUGAAGGCAUGCAGUGUUAUUGGCUGUGGAAAUUGGUCUGAACCAAUGCAAGCGGGAACAUCGGACGGAAUAGCCGACCCACCGGAGCAGGUAGAAAUAAAAUGUUUGUACGACGUUCAAAAAGAGCUCACUUACGUCCUUGUUACUUGGGAGCCACCUGCGAACCCCCAAGGGACUAUUCAGUUUUAUAAUAUCACACUUGAAGCUUCAGCUCACUACCGAACCACCAGCGGAGAAAAUGUAGUAGACAGAUUUGCAGAAGCACGUGAAGUUAAGGCAGGUAUAUCAGAGUUUAAAAGUAUUGUCAAGCCCAAUACGAAUUACACCGUCCGGAUUUGCACAAAAAAUCGAUCUGGUUGUGGACCUUUGAGCAUGCUGACGACAAAAACAAUGUGUUUGUCACCACCUAGUGCACCAACAUCAAUGCCAAAGUUCAAACUCCAGCGGAUGAAAGAGAAACGUAAUCCCAGACAGUUAAAGCUGGAACUUCAUCGGGUAUCUGAAAGAAAUGGAUUUAUUAGGUGCUACAGAGUAGUUAUUAUAAAGCUUCAAUCGGGGCAAAGCCUAGAAAACCUUCCAUCGGACCCUAGCUCGCUUGAUAUAACAACCUACGGAGAGGUCCAUAGGAAAGAUGGCCACGGAGCCUACAUUGCAGAAGCUAUCAACACCGAAAAGUUUGUGAGUGAAGUUGUAAUUGGAGAUGAUCGCUACAGUAUGUGUGAGGAUACUUCCAGUGAACACCCACUGAGCAUCCAUGCUCGAUCCCGAAAAAUAUCAGAACAGACUUUGAAAAAAACAAAUAUACUUACAGACGUAGAAUAUGUGUAUGAUGGAAAGCUUGCACCGAAUACCAACUAUACUGGCUUCGUAGAAGUUCGAGUAAUUGGGCCUAACAAAAUGAUCUUAUCCAAACAAAGUCCAUACUUUGCUCCUAUUGAGACUGGUUCUCUUCCUAAGACUGAACCCACAGAAAAUCCAAUGGCCAUUGUUUUAGGCAUUCUUAGUGGUCUUAUCUUUGUUGUACUCAUUUUAAUCCUGGUCUUGUGCCUAUUCAAGCGUAAAAAUAAUCACCCAUAUGAUGAAGGUGACAGAUUAGGUCUUACAGCUUUGAUUCGUCGCACCAUUCAAAGAAAUGGCCAUAUACCCAGAUGUAAAAGUAGUCGACUGUCAAAAGUUCCCUACUUAGGCCCUAUAGCAGCAGAAGAUUUACCUAGUGCUUAUGUAGAAAGACAUAAUGACAGUGACUUACUUUUUCAAAGAGAAUUUGAGGCCCUGCCAGAGAAGUUCAAGGAUAGAACUACACAUGCAGCUGACAGUCCAGAGAACCUUAGUAAAAAUCGUUAUCCAGAUAUUCGAUCAUAUGAUCAAACAAGGGUGAGGUUACCAGUGGAAGAUGGAGUACCAGGCUCAGAUUAUAUAAAUGCAGAUUUUGUAGAGGGUUACAAGAAUAGAAAAACAUUCAUUUGUGCUCAGGGUCCACUUGAUCGUACUGUAACAGACUUCUGGAAGAUGAUAUGGGAACACAAAGUCACAGUGGUGGUAAUGCUGACAGGAGUUGAAGAGCAUGGCAAAAUAAAGUGUGCCCAGUACUGGAAUGAAGAUGAGCCAAAGGAAAUUGAAAAUCUAUUUGUUGUGAAUGUUAUUACUGUUAAGAAGUAUUCUGACUACAUUGUUCGAAGACUUCACAUCCAGUAUUCAAAGGAUGAUUAUCCAGAAGAGCGGGAAAUUCUUCAUUUUCACUUUGUUAUGUGGAAAGACUUUCUAGCUCCAGAGCAGCCAUCUUGGCUCCUUCGAUUUAUUAAACGGGUUAAUGAGCACUAUGUUUCAGACAGAGGACCUCUUCUAGUCCACUGCAGUGCUGGGGUUGGUAGAACAGGAACUUUUGUGGCCAUAGACAUGCUUCUACAACAGCUAGAUGAAGAAAGUCAAGUAGAUGUGUAUGGGUGUGUCUGUAACUUGAGGCACUCCCGGAACUUUCUUGUUCAAUCUUUGAAACAAUACAUAUUUGUCUACCGAGCCUUGCUAGAACAUGCUCAGUUUGGAGACACAGAAAUGGAGAUAAGACAUUUCAAGGAUCAUUAUGAACAGCUGAGAGAUAAAAUGCAAGGUCAGGAGAAAUGUCGUCUAGAGCUGGAGUUUGAGAAACUUGGAGACGUAAUUGAAGAUGCUAAAACCUGCUGUGUCGGAACCAUGGAGAUGAACAUGAAUAAAAAUAGAUACAGUUUCAUAAUCCCAUAUGAUAUUAACAGAGUAAUUCUUCCUCCUACUGCAUCUCGAGACCACUCAUCCUAUAUCAAUGCUUCAUUUAUUCAGGGUUAUGACCGCUCUCUCUCCUUCAUUAUUACCCAAGACCCUUUAGAGAACACAAUGCUAGAGUUCUGGAGGAUGAUAAAGGAACAAUCUGUUACAACUGUAGUGAUGUUAUCCGAGCUUGGAGCAGGGCAGACCAAAUGUCAGCAGUAUUGGCCAGGAGAAGAAGAAAAAGAGUAUGAUUACAUCAAAGUUAAGUUUCAGAAUGAGGAGACAAGAGAAUCCAUUACCAAAAGAGAAUUUCAAGUCAUUAACACAAAGAAUAACGACAACCACACCCUCACUCAGUUUCAGUUCCAUGACUGGUCUAGUACAGUUCCCGAAAACACAAUAGCCCUUAUUGACUUAAUUGAACAAGCUCAACAGAACAAAGAACAAGAUCCUAGUAGUGGUCCUAUUACUGUACACUGCAGUGGUGGUGGUGACCGAAGUAGUGUGUUUGUCACUCUAAGUGUACUUAUCCAACAGUUGAAAAUCGAAGAGAGAGUAGAUGUCUUCCAAGCUGCAAGAUACACUCGCUCUCAACGUCACUGCAUGCUUAAAACUCUGGCUCACUAUGACUUUCUUUACCAGGGACUUCUGGAUUAUAUUCACACUCACAAGCUAUUUGACAUGGGUGACACGCCACUUUGAGGGUAGUAAAUAUAGCUAUUUAAAUAUUUGGUUUGUGAUUUCUAUUAUCACUAACAAGUGAAAAUAAACUCUCCUGUGUUGGAUACAACAAGUCAAUCUGCCAGGAUGGAUAGACAUUAACUAGUGCCUUCAUUUCAAGGUCACUUCAAAUGUCAUUCUGAAGCAAAUGAGCCUAGACUAUUCUGCAUGCUUUUCUUUAUAAGGAAGCUGUCAUAUGUGGUGAAAAACUGCUAAAAGAACACAUAAAUUGGUUACAUUGGAUUAUUAAAUCAACUCGGUUUUGUUGAAAUAUAAUGUGGUAAGAAAACUGUGACAAGACUGUAAGACACAGAUUUGAAGUACUGUCAGAAACACAUCAUAGUUCUUUAAAGAUUAAAGCUGUUCAUUCUUGUGUUUAGGGAGAAUUGAGUCUACUAGAUUUAUCAGUUAAAGAAAAGUUGGCUGGCACCAUGGUUGUAAGAAAAUGCUUGACAAUUCAUUUCAUUUGGUGAAUAAAAAAACUUUGUCUUUAUUGUGUUUAGAUGUAAUUGUUUGCCAUAAAUGUUUCUGAUUUAUCAGUAUUGUUUGUCCAUUCCCUUAACUGGGAAGGGUCAUUUCUUGCAACAGUUUUUGUUUGGAAAACAAAGUCAGUCAUUAUGGGUGAAGAAAGAUACCUACUAAACUAUUUCUGUGUGACUAAAGGUUAUGGUUGAUAUCCAGAGUGCUUUGUUUACAUGUUGCUGUCAGAAUAGUUUCAUUUAUGAAUCAGUCUGUGCAUCAUGUUAUCUUUUCAAAACCCAGGCUGGUUACUUAAAUGUGGUUAUAAUAAAACUCAUGACAUCAAUUGCACUUGUUGAUGUUACUUUACUCAUAAACUAUAACAGCUCUAUAUCUUGAACAUAAACUGUGUUGCUCGCUUCAAAUGCUCAGUAAACCUUAGUUGAAACCCAAAUGUCAGUUGGGAUGUUUUAUAAAAGUGCCUGUAGACUAUAAUAACAGUGAGUUUGAUCAAUAUGAUUUACAUGUUUUAUUCUAUUCUUUUUAGUCUCUUGUUAAUGGGUUUCAGAUAAAGUGAAUGGUGGCAGUUCCUGUGACAUGCUAUGAUUAUGAAGAUGUAAGCCAUAUGUAUAUAUAUUUUCGAAAAACCUUUUCCAUUAAAACCUAGAGUUGUACACAAACAAAAGGCAGCUACAGCACAGUUGUAAUCUAAAAUUCAAAUUGAGUUUAAUCUCUUAUGUAAUAUCCAAAAUGUUUGAUAUUGUGGUAAUAUCAAUCAGAACCAUAGAGGUUUUUUUUGUAUUGAAAAAGGUUACUGUUGUUGUUGUUGUUUGUAGUGUAAUAUGUUACCCCAUUUUUAAGAUUCUGAUUUUUUUGUUUAAGAAGUGAUAAUUUGAGGGAAAGAAACUGUGUGUGGAGUUUUUCUCACAAUGAUAUUAUAGUAGUCAUAUGGUUAGCAUUCAUUUAGAGCAUAGUACUUAAAACAUGUUUCUAUUACUCAAAUUUAAAGAAUAGCGCAUGCAUAUCAAAUACACAGUUAUCUUGUAUAGAGUUCAUACACUGUUUUACUUAUCCCUUAAUAGUUUAUGUUUUAGUAUUCUGAUUCUAAAACUUGCUCAAAUGCUUUUGUAAAAUAUGCUAUGGGAAUUGUAUUUUGUUGUUACAUGCUAUUUAAGUAUACUGAUUAAAAUGAUGAAACAUGACAUAUGCAUGUUAGAUUGCUCUUGAGCUAAUUAUAUUUUCAGCAUCAUAUUUAGAGGGUUUGUUUUUGUUCUACUCUUAACCCUUUUGCUGCGUAGUUUGAAUAUAUCCGAAUAAACAUUUGUACCCAGUGACUGCAAAUUCAGAUUUACCUCACUUACCGAAAAAAAAGCUUCCCUCUACUGCGACAUGUGGGAAUAUCCUCCUGUACUUGAAACAAUUGCCAAACCUGCGUGCGUGCUGCCAUCUGUGCUCUAUGCUGUGAAACCUGGAUGUUUAUAUGCCUCGAUACAAAAUUGCCAACUUUGCAGGAACACAUAUAGAAUCUAUAUAAAGACAACUUCUUUAUAUCUUGGAUAUUGUUAUCUAAAUAAUUUGUUUUAUAUUUUGUAAUAACUUUUGCCUCUUACUGACUUAGUUUUGUCUAUAUUUAUGCCAUUUACUGGAGAACACUUUUCUUCUAAUUUUCCUCAAUUUUUUGUUUAAAUCAUUAUUUUUCACUAUCCAAUAUAGUUUUCAAGGAAUAUUAUUGUCAGAUAUAGAAAAUACAGCUUCUUUCAAUAUUGACAAAGUAAUACGAAGGGUCAUAUUAAUAAUUUUAUUUUUUUGGUGGAUAAUUGACAAUUUUUAGGAAUCAGCCUGAAAGUUAAUUGUGCAGUGAAAGGGUUAAUGUUAUCUAAUUUGUAAAUUAUCAAAUAUCAUUAUCCCUUUUUUGUUUUGUUUUUAUGUAUUAUAUUUCUCUGUUAUUUCUCUUUUUCGAUAACAUUUAUUAUUUUAAGUUGUCCUUGCCAUCAUUUCAGUGCUGAGCUUGGGGAUUUAUAAUGCUAAAAUUUGAGGUUUAAUCUCUGUAGUAAGAACAGCACAAAUAAGCCUUUGCUUAGCUAUGUACUUAAUAACAAACAUUUUAAAAUGAUCCCUUGCAGUUUUAAGUUGUUCUUUUUGGGGGGGGGGAUUAGUGUUCAUUAUAUAGAUAACAUCAUGAACUGGAAAAUAGGGACCACCAAAUAAGUUCUUUAUCGGUUAAUCACUUCAGUAAGCUUAUGCCUGGUUGCUUUUAAGUUUGGAUCAAUUUUCAUUACUUAUGUACUUAGAAUUCUAUGAUUAGUAUUAAUUUUUCUUUAGACGUGUUUUAUUAAUUACAUCCCAAAUCUUUCCCAACUCUUAGACUUCUUUUUUUUUCAGUCUAUUUUGGUGUGUUUUGCAUAU